AUGGACAUGUGCGGAAUUGUUGAAAGUCCAACUAGCAUGCAAAUGGAUGAGAUGCAGUGUGACUCAAUGUCAAUGAACAGGAAUGCAAAACAUUCUGCUGUGAAGCAAGCAUGUAACUGCAAGCAAGAUGUGCACCAAUCAUCUGCUGCAGUGGAGAGAGAAGUAAACGCAGUGUGCAAGUGCAUCAAUUGCACCAUCAACAGGGAUGCCCAAAGACUGGAAAGAGAACUUCUGGAAAGCUUAGACUGCUGCGAUGAACAGCAUAGAAAGCUGGCAGAUGACGUUGUGCCUGCCAGCAAACCCGAAGACAAUUGCCAGCAAGACGAAAUCAACGCCAUGGAUAAAACUGACAAAAAGGAACAACCUGACAAGGACGACGUGGAAUUCGAAAAGAGUGAGGAACACAUCCGGAAAUCCACUGCGGAAGCUCCUCAAAAACCAGCACAAGAAAUUGAUUCUUUCAUGAAAACCGGGAAACUCGAUGAAAUUCCUGGCCCUUCCGCUUCAUCCAAACAGAAAUUGGAGGAUUUCGUCGCCAAUGGAAUAAGCCAGCAGAAAACCAAAUCUCGUCACAAACGCCGUCGAGACUACACUGACGAUGGAAGCAGCAGGAGACAUAAAAUUAAACGUCGAAUGGGGGGUGGUUACGACACCAUUUGCAACUCUGGGAAUUUGCAAGCUUUCACCAACGAAAUGUUCGGAGAGGACGAAUGCAUUGUUCGCAGGCGCCAACCAGACAUCAUUUAUGGCAGCGACAUUCGCAAAGACAGGAACAGCACGUUGCUCAACAACCUGACUGAGAUGGUGCAGAGGCCCAUCAGUGGCUCGAUCGAACGCCCGGAGCACAACUCCGUCAUCGGCUGCAUCUGGAAGACCAUCCACGGGAAAUUCUCCAACAAUAAACACAUUGACUGCUUGGCCCGUCCCGUCAACAGGCACCAGCAGGAGUUCAACUGGAGUCCCUUCACGACCCCGGGCUUCGGGGGCAAGCUGGAAGAAGUG